AGCAUUGUGCGACCACGCGGGCACACUUGCCAAGCGAUAGCUUUCGAAAAAGAAUUUAACGUUGGCGCUUGUUUAUGUUUUUUUUUCGUUUCGAUUCGUUUGUUUUGUGCAGAUCCUGAGAAACGGCAAGCAAAGCAAUGGCUACGCUACGCAACCACACAACGGCCAGCAGCGGCGGCGCCACGAACAACAACAACAACGGCCAGGAAUUAACGCUCCAGGGACCGCAGGAUGCUGGGGCAACGCUGGCCAUCGGCUAUGUGCGGGAAUUCUGCACCCGGGCGGCCGCCUUCCAGCGCCAACGCACCGAGGAGGCUCUAAUCUACGUGCAGCGCAGCGUGGCUCUGCUGGGGACCAAGGUGCAGCCUCACCACUUUGCUCCUGCACCGGGCAACUUGGAGCUGGCUCGCUUUUUCAUCGAUCUUCAUGCACUGAUGGGCGCCCUGGACAGCGAGGGCUCUGCUGCGGGCGGCAACCAGAGCGAGGGCGACGUUCUGUGGAGCUGCGUGGCUCUGGUGCAGCACUGCAGCCGUAAUCUGGAGGCGCGCCGUGCCAUUGUUGAUAAGUUCUGCUUUGUGCCGCUGCUGGGACUGCUCAUACGUCGCACCCAGAGGACGGAGCGCGUGUACAAGCUGCUGGUGUUGCUGCAGGACCUCACCUACGGCAUUCACAUCGCCUGGGAGGAGCCCUAUCUGGCGGCACUGCUCGAGCAUCUAGUGGAGAUCGUGCACGGCUUGGACGGCGGCGAAGGAGGUGCUGGUAGUGGGGCCACCGGCGCAGUCGCGGAAGAUUCGCACGCCCUGCUCGCCCUCUCCGUGCUGGUGAAUCUCUGCUACAAGAACUUCGCCGUGCUGUUCCUCUUCCUGCGCAGCGUCAACAUCUCGGCGUUCUGCCGGCGCAUCCAGAGCUACGGCCUGCUGGCCUACAAGAUGCUCAUCAUCCUGUCCGAGGACGUGCACGCCUUUGAGCAGCGCGAGCUGCACACCUUUUUGCGCACCGCCUUUGCCGGCAUCGAGGACUGCCUGAAGCACUGGAACGUGGCCCAGUUGCGGCACAUUGUAGACUUUCUGCUGGAUUCGCAAUGUCACGCCGGCCUGCACAGGGCGAUGCUCUCGCACAGCCACUAUUGCGAGGAUGUGGAACGGCUGCUGAACCAAAUCGAAACCCGAAGCAACGGCAUGGACGACUCACAGGAGGAGUCGCGCAAGCAUCAGGCACUCUGCCUGGACCUGGUCUUCCGUCUUGUCAGCUACAUACUCCAGCUCUCCGGCGAAGAUGAAAAUGUCAUCAGCCUGGACGCCAUCACUCCGCGUCUACACGAGAUUCUAGCCGACUGGUUGUCCUCGGAGCUGUGCGGCGUGGCGGCCAUCGAUUUGCUGGCCACCAUGAUGCGUCUGGGCAAGCAGGCGGCGGUGGCCAAGCUCAUCGCCCGCGAGCCCACGCAUGUGGUCAGUCUGGUGGCCAGCGCCGAGCGUCCGGAAACGAAACCCGCUCAAGUGGUGGCCAUUCUGCGCCUGCUUCUCGUCCUGCUGCCCGAAUCCAAGACUGAGAAGCUGGUGCUGGCCAAGAUCUCCGAGUCGUAUUUCGACAAAAUCCUAGCGGCGCCGCUUUCUCUCAUGCCGCAGUACCUCAACACCCAGAGCCUGUUGCCGGCUGAGGUGGAGAAGGCCUGCUUCUGUCUCCUGCUGCUGGUCAAUGUCGCGGGCAUUGCGAAAAAGGCGUAUUUGGACAAGUGCUGCACGCUGCUGGAGCAGCCGCAGCUGCAGUACUGCCUGGCCCGCGGCAUGGUCAGCAAUAACGAGCCACUGGUGUCGGCCGUCCUGCAGAUAGCCCAGUUCGAGCACUUCCCCAAGGCGGCGGUGGCCAAGCAUGUGGCUGGCAUCAGCUGCAGCAGCGCCGGUCUCUCGGUAGCUGCGGCCCCCACGGCAUGCUCCAGCGACCAAGCGGCGGAGCAGUGGCGCAAUCUGAGCUCAAUCCUCAAGGGCCAUCGCACUUUUACGGACAAGGACAUGGCGCAGCGAGUCAACGCCUUGCUGGAGAGCAUAGGAGGCAUUGUAAGCCGCAAUGAACUGGCCACGGCUCCUAUUUCGCAGGUGAUUGAGCUAUAUAACCAUCGUAUUGACAGCCUGAAUGGGGCUAGGGUGAACCUGGAGCAGCGGCUGGAGCAGGCCGGCCAGCAGCUGAUCAGCGGCACCCAGCUGGCCCAUGUCCAGGCCGCCGAGCUGGAGCGCUUCCAGACUACGAACUUUGAGCUGCUUAUCAGCCAGGAGCGCCUCCAAACCCAGUGCAAGGAUCUCAAGCAUCAAACGAACAAGCUGAAGAGCAACAUGACCAAUCUGCUGAAGCAGCUCUCAGAGAACUCGGCCAGCCUGCAGGCCAACGAACGCCGCCUGGGUGUGAAGAAGUCCGAGAUAGCCAGCCUGCGCAAAGACUGCGAGGAGCUGCGCCAGAGCCUAAACACCAAGAGCGAAGAGUUCACCAAACUGGAGGCUCUCAACAAGGAAAACACUUCCCGCAUCGACAAGCUCAAGAAGUCCACGUUAGCCUACGAGCAGGACAUCAAGGAGAAGGUGCGCUCUAUCGAGGAGCGCGAACGGGAGCUGGCAAAGACACACAAGGCCUUGGAGGAGCAGCGCGAGGCGUGCAAGAAGUCUGAGGAUCUCAUCUCCGUGCUGGAGACACAGCUGCAGGAGCGCAAGCAGCAGAUCGAGAAUCUCGAAAUGGAGCAAAAGGAGACGGAGGACCUGCGCACGACCAUCAUGAGCCUGAUGGAGAGCAAAAAGCCCAAGCGCAAGACCUAGAAA